AUGGUCAUAUCAUUUGAAGCUUUUGAUUUUCAUUCAUUACGAGAAGUAACGCCUCAAAAUAUUUCGAAUUUAAUUUCUUCCCAAAAAAAUCUCAAAUCAUUUACUUUAAUUUCAUAUAGAGGAACUUCUUAUUCUUUUCUUAAUUCACUUGAGACUCAAUCUCAUUCAUUAGAAAGAGUACAUAUUCAUUCCACUUUUUUUAAAUCUGGUGGUCCUAAUUUAAAUGGUAUUGCUGAGUGUAAAUUACUUAAAAAAAUAGUUGUUGAAGAAUGUGAGAAUAUUACUUUGAAGCUAAUUGAACCAUUGAUGAACGCUAAAUUUUAUAAGUUAAAUUACGUUUAUUUUAAUUGUCCAUACAGCCCUGUAAGUAAAGAGAUUAGUGUAUGGGCUAAUAGUUAUGAUAAUGAAGGAAAGAAAAUGUAUUAUCGUUACGAAGGUGAAAAAUUCAAUUCUAGAUUUUUCGAUGAAGCUUAA